AUGUGUAUCACUCCGCCUAACUCCGGUACACAACAGGUCAUUCUCGGUUUCUCGAUUUCAGCAUAUCUCACAUUACUUCUGCUCAUCAUCCACUACAUCACUGUACACAACGUCCACCAAACAAAGAGCACAGAAAACACCCACAUCAAUGCAGUCGACCACAGAAUCCUCACCUUUAUACGCUCACGUAUCUUCUCAUGGACCCCCAGCCGACGCUUCCAGUACGCUAUCGAAAAGUCUGUCCUAAUCCUCAGCGACCUGAACCUGGUCACUGGCACCGCGAUUCUCAUCGCCGGCUACUCGCAACUAAAAUGUGGCAUCUCUGCGUACCACUGGCAGAUGAUGGUCUUUAUUUCGUGGUUCGCGAGCUUUGCUUUUGUCUCCGCUACGGCCUUCCUCGAAGGUUGCUCCCAGACCAACAAGAGUAUGAGACUCGUCAGACUGGUCUUUAUGGUUCUCCUUGCUUCUCUUUUGAUCACGGCUUUGCUUCCGACGGGGUCGAGGAUGUGGCUUAAUGAAUAUCCUGAUGAUGGGGAAGGGUUCUACCCUAGUCUGAGCGCUAUAUGUUUCUACAAGGAGCUUGGUAUGCGCUCGUUGUUGCGGCGGGGUCCUAAGAUUUGGUCUAUGAUAUUCUCUGUGGUUAUCGUUGGUGUAUCUUUUGUUCGGUGUGGUAUACAGCUACUCGAUCGAGGCGGAGACGUAUCCCGCACAUGCCUUCGGACGUUACCUGGAACGAAGCUCAAACAGUUCCUCAGCUUCCUGGAGAGCAAGACAUUACCUCCUACAGCCCAGGCCUACAUCUGGCACGCACCAUACCUACUCUCAUACGCCAGCUUCAUCAUCGCCCGAGCCAUCUACGACGUCUCUGAGUCCAUGCUACUGGAGAUCCUCUGGUUGACAUUCGCAAUGGCUUGGGGAACCAUCAAAGUGUGGGAUACACGCGCCGCAGCCUCAUGGAACUAUGAUGGCUACAACUUCACACUCAACCAGAAGGUAUCUGAGGAGAACUCCUGGGGGUUCGGUCAGACUUUGCCGUUGAUCUUGCUCCUGCUACCACUUCUGUCCAUGGCCCAGGCGUACCUUGACGACGAUGCAAAAGCUCAAGAGACCAUCCGAGCUGACGAGGACAUAUCCUGCCCGCCUGGAACGGCGGCGACCGAAGAGGCAGAGGAUCCGAGUAUCGUAGACUCAGACCCAUUCGAUACUCAGAACUGCAGUCGGCUUGUUAACCUUCCAACAUACCCCUACGACAGUUUCUCCUCAUACUCCUGGUAUCAUGACCACCUCAUUCUCCUGGUCUCCCAAGUCAUCAUGGUCGGUACCGUUGCGCUCUUCUUUCUCACGCGCUUAGCAGAUAUCUUGGGCAUCUCUUCAAUUCUACGAAGUAGACUCUUCGUCAUCUGGAUUCUAGCCAUCUUACCACUGGCCUCUCUCAUCCACUUGGCAACAUGGUAUCUAGCAGCUCUGAUGGUCGAUUGGGGACUAUAG